AUCAACCGGAAAAGGGAAUGCACGUAGUGGCGCUGAAUUCAACGAAAGGUAAAUACUAUCCAGUGGUGCUGUUAUCAGAUUGGACCAAUGGUGGAGAAAACCAGUAAAAUGGUUUGUGGUGGGAACCAGUAAAAAAAGGUUAUGGCAUCAGUGUCAGAGGAGGUCACUCCCUAUAAUAGGACGGGAGUUGUGUAUGAUGAAUUGAUGUCCAGUCAUUACCACAUGUGGAAUGAAGCCUUCACAGAGAAACCCGAGAGGUACACUGGUAUAAUAGAGAGAUGUAAAUACUAUGGACUGCUGGACAGGUGUACUAAAAUACAGACGAGAAAAGCAACAGAUGAAGAGAUUCUGACUCUACAUCAUCCGGAUCAUCUGGAUAUCCUGAAAAAAUCUGAAUCCAUGACCAAAGAGGAAAUGGAGGCCUUAUCUCAGAAGUAUGAUUACCUGUACUUCCACAAGGACAUUUUAAGGAAUUCUCGCCUAGCUCUGGGUUCCACACUGAACAUUGUAGAUGAAGUUCUGAAUGGAAAGGUACGGAAUGGCUUUGCCAUAGUUAGACCUCCAGGUCAUCAUGCCAUGUACAAUGAGUUUAAUGGAUACUGCCUGUUAAACAAUGUAGCUAUAGCUGCCAAGAGGGCCCUGGAUGUUCAUGGAUUAGAAAGGGUUCUGAUUGUGGACUGGGACGUCCACCACGGUCAGGGAAUACAGUAUUUCUUCUACAAUGAUCCACGAGUGUUGUACUUUUCAAUUCACAAGUAUUUAGAUGGGGAGGAAUGGCCGUAUCUUAGAGAAUCAGAUUACGACCAUAUUGGUGAAGGUCCUGGCAAGGGCUAUAACAUCAACGUUCCCCUUAAUGUGAUUGGCUGUGACAACAGUGUUUAUCUAGCAAUCUUUUUCAACAUACUGCUGCCUAUUGCCUAUGAGUUCAACCCUCAGCUGGUGCUGGUAUCUGCUGGUUAUGAUGCAGCUCUAGGCUGUCCAGAGGGAGAGAUGGAGGUGACACCCAGUUGUUUUGCUCAGUAUGUCAGUCUUCUGUCUCCUCUGGCUGAGGGCAGACUCUGUCUGGUUCUGGAGGGAGGAUACUGCAUAAAGACCUUGGCUGAGGGUGUAGCCUUGUCCCUGAAGGUGCUGUUAGGUGACCCGUGUCCUAGAGUAGAUUCCAUUACAAGGCCAAAUAAUAGUGCAGUAUCAUCUAUUUUAAAUGUAAUCAAGGUGUUGAGGCCAUAUUGGAAAUGUCUACAGUUACAAGGAGAUUUAGCAUCUGUAUCACAUACCUCAAAUACAGCGGUGCUGGACUGGCCCCCAAAGGACGGAGUAAACUUCUAUACACACAAUAUGCCGGAGUCGUAUUCUCUUCAUCAGGAGUGCUGGAAUCCAGGGGUUAUGGAAAGUGCCCACAUCAUAGAUGCACAAGUGGAUGAACUUUUGGCGCGCACUAUACACAGGACGACUAGACACAAGGUUGGAAUUGUGUAUGACGAUGCCAUGUUAAAUCACAGAGACCUGGGCUAUGGAGGUUUUGAGGAGGGCCCAGAAAGAGUUGAGAGAAUUGUACAAACCCUGAAAAAAAAUGGUGUCUGGGACAGGUGCUACCAUAUACAGGGUCGAAAAGCUUCCGAUGAAGAAGUGUGUCUAGGACAUGGAGAGGAUCAUGUUCGUCGAUUCAAGAAAACCAUGACAAUGGGAGAAGAGGCAUUAAAAGUAUACCAAGAAAGCUUCAAGUCAAUUUUUCUGUGUCAGGAAAGUUUUACCUCAGCAGCCUGGGCAGUGGGCUGUUCCUUAUCUGUGAUAGACUCAAUAUUGUCCAAUCAGUGUCAGAGUGGUGUUGCUGUAGUAAGGCCUCCUGGUCACCAUGCGGAGAGGAAUACCAUGAUGGGCUUCUGCCUGUUCAAUAAUAUAGGGAUAGCUGCUAAAUACGCCCAACAAAAAUACAAUGUUCAAAGGAUCCUGAUCGUAGACUGGGAUAUCCAUCACGGAAAUGCAAUUCAGAGCCUCUUUGAAAAUGAUCCAGGUGUUCUAUUUAUUUCACUACAUCGGUUUGACAAUGGAUCAUUUUACCCCUAUGGUGGGAAAGGUUACUACAAACAGACAGGGGGUCCACAGGCACGGGGAUAUACAGUCAAUGUAGCCUGGAAUGAUGGAUCAAAAGGAGAUGCAGAUUACAUUGCAGCCUUCCAUCACCUGGUGCUGCCCCUAGCUUAUGAGUUUGCCCCAGACUUGGUGUUAGUGGCAGCAGGCUUUGAUGCUGAGAAGUCGGACCCUCUGGGUGGUUACCGACUGUCUCCAGCCGUGUUUGGUCACAUGACCAGGAUGUUGAUGGGAUUGGCUGAUGGGAAGGUUGCCCUUAUUUUAGAGGGAGGUUACAGUUUGGAGGGAACUUCUCAAUCCAUGAGUCUGUGUAUAUCAUCAUUACUAGGGGACCCCUUACCAAAUGUUCACAAUGCUGUGCCCAGUAAAAGUGGAGUAGAAGCUAUUUGUAAAACAAUGGAGGUACAAGAGGAAUUCUGGAAGACACUUUUAUAUAGAGUGGAUCUGCCUACUCAAGAUCAGCUAGAAGUGAUCAAAACUGAGAAAGAAAAGAAGAAAACAAGCACAUAACAAUAGGGGGGUGGGGAAAUAGGAGGGAAAAACCUGACAGAUAUCACUACCUUCAUUAUCAACAGUUAUUUUAUCUUUUUGUAUCACCUUAAUGUUAUACUGACAGAGGAUUGUACAGUUAAUGAUAUGUGUGUGUCACUGUGUUGUAC